AUGACGCCAAACUAAUUAAAAAUGCUACUAUGCGUAUUUUAAGUAGGUUUCAUAUCAUGUGGACUUUAUUUCUAUAUAUUCUGGAAGAAAUUAGAUCAUGUAAAGAUUACUUCUUUAAAUUUCAGAAACCUUAUUAUGAAUAGCUAGCUUUUGUAUAUGGGUUAGUUUUAGGAUUCACAGAAUUAUUAGUAGCAAUAAUUCUAUUCAUCCUAAUUAAAACUAGAGUUUAAAUCACAUCCCUGGGAUAGAUUGGUCGUUAUAUUAGACAGAACUGCUACAAAGAAUAUUAUGCAUUAAUUAUAAUAAAUUUGGUAUAGAACUUAAUAAUUAGGCAUUUCUUAUCACCUUCAACAUAAUAACCAUAGUGGAUUAAGAAUCAGUAAGUUUUAUGAAUAUUUAAUCUCUCCACUUUAUAGCAGCAUAUUAUACUCAAUCAGUUCUUUUUGCAUUAUUUUCAAAUGACCUAUUAAAGAGAAGAGCCUUGAUUCCUAAUGAAUAUAUGUUUGAAAGAGAAGGAAUAUAUCGAUGUGCAUACGAAGUUCUAUAUUACGUAAUGUGUUUAUUCAUUGUAUUAAGUAAAUAUGUAAAUAUACAACAUUGAUAGGUUAUUUUUUGGUUACCCAUUUUGAAAAAUUACCAGAACCAAAUUAAACAUUAUGUUAAUUGAUCAUAUUCACAUUACUCUACUUAUUUUAUUCAAUAACUAAAUUGGGUAUCUUGAUAAAAAUAUUUUUAAUUAUAACAACAACUAGAUUACUUUAUUCAGCAAUAAAUUCAAUUAAAGACUUAAAGGAUGAUUAACAAAAAGGUUGUUAGAUUACAUUGGUUGUGAUUAUAAUACUAUUUUUGAUGAGAAUGGUUUAAUAAAGUAUAAUUGGUAUUUUAAGAGCAAGAGAAUAAUAUUUACAUUAAACAUAACAUCAAACACCUGAUAUAUUGAGUGCAUUAAAUUUAUUACCACCAAGAGAUCCUUAUGUAAGACCAUAAAUGUAGAUAAUAAGUGAGGAAUAAAUAGAAAUGAUGCCAUAAUAAAAAUUCAAAAUGGAAAAUGAAUUUGUAUGUUCAAUAUGUGAUAUGAAUCUAUUAAAGAAUGAAAUGGUAAUGAAAUUAAAUUGUUCGCAUAUUUUUCAUUCAGAAUGUCUAAAACCAUGGAUUAGAAUAAAGAAUUCUUGUCCUAAUUGCAGAUAACAAGUGUUGCGUUAAUCUAAUUAAUAAGAAUUAUAAGAACAUCCUUAAUAAUUAUAAUAAUAAUAAAUUUAAAAUGAUUAAAUAGAUGCACCAUUAGAAAUACCUUAGAGAUAAUUGGAAAUAUAAGAAUGA